AUGAAAAUUAUUGAUCUUGAAGUUGACAAUUAUGAAAAUGAAGAUCGAAUCAGAAAUGAUAAGAAGAAAAGAAUCAAUAAUGGGACAUUUAAGAAUGGAGCGGUGCGAAUAAAGAAUGGUGCCAUACCUGUAAAAACUAAGGUUGGUCCUGUAUAUGAGCGAAGCUCAGAAAUGAGAAAUAGAAUACGUAAACCCGAGUAUUGUCGCAAAGAUGAAACCGGUAGUGAGAAGUCUGCUGAAGAUGGACGAAAG